AUGUGGAACCCCAAUACCAUUGACCUUGAUGUUGUAUGUACAACUAAGCAAGCAAUACACUGCUCCAUCUCCAUUAUAGGCCAAAAUAUUACAUUUUAUUCUUCCUUCAUAUAUGGUUCUAACUAUGCAGUGGAAAGACUCUCCCUAUGGAAUGACAUCAAUCAUCAAUCAACAUUCUUUUGCAACUCUCCUUGGUUAAUCCUGGGAGAUUUCAACACCAUUUCCAACUCAGGAGAGAAAAAUGGAGGCUCAACAAGAUGGAACCAAGCCAUUAAUGACUUCUGUAAGUGCUUACAGCAGGCUGAACUUGAAGACCUCAGGUAUAAUGGGAUCCUUUUUACCUGGAAUAACAAAAGUUUGGGCUCAGCAUGCAUUACCAAGAAGCUUGACAGAGCCCUCAUCAACAAACAAUGGAACACAACCUUCCCAAGAUUAGAAUGCACCUUCCUCACCCCUGGAGUAUCUGAUCACAGCCCUAUUUUUGUUACAAUUGACACUAACUCCCCCAAGAGGUGUCUUCCUUUCAGGUUCUUCAAUGCUUGGUGCUCUCAUCCCCUUUUUCUACCUUCAGUUCAAAGUGCCUGGAAUUACUACAUUCCUGGGACUGCAAUGUUCCAAGUAGUGAAAAAGCUCAAGUCUCUAAAGCACAUCCUCAAAACCAAUUGCAAGGUGGAUUUCUCUGAAAUGGCAUCUAAGAUACAAGCAGUCAAGACAGAACUGGAUUCAUGUCAACAUGAUCUUGAUCUAUCUACAAGUAACAUCCCCCUUAGAAUGCUUGAUCUCUCACUUACCAAAGAAUACACUAGACUCUCAGAGCUCCAGGAAAGUAUGCUAAGGCAAAAAUCCAGGAUGGUUUGGCUUAAACUUGGGGACUCAAACUCUUCAUAUUUUCAUAAGUCCAUUGCUUCAAAGGUGAACAAGAGAAAAAUCUACAGUUUAACUAAUGCUGAUGGACUCAUCCUUAAUGAUACAAAUGUAGUUGUUCAAGAAAUUGUCUCCCACUUCCAAAAUUUGUUUGGAACAAGUCCUCUAAUCACACAUACUCAGGCUGAGCUCUCAAGAUUCAUCACAAAGUCAGUCCCUCCCCAUUUCCACAGUAUUUUGGAGUCCAUGCCAUCCUACCAUGAGAUCCAAUCCUGUAUGCUCUCUCUAAAUAGGGAUAAAUCCCCAGGCCCUGAUGGCUUUAAUGCCGUGUUCUUUCAUCAAGCUUGGGCUAUCAUUGGAAGAUCAACAAUUAAAGCCAUCUCUGAAUUUUUCAGGAAUGCCUUUGUUCAAGGCAGAAAAAUCAGUGAUUCAAUCCUCCUCACCCAUGAACUGUUAAGGGGUUACCAUAGAGAUGCUUCUCCACCAAGGUGUGCCAUCAAAAUAAACCUAAUGAAGGCCUUUGAUUCAGUAAAAUGGGAUUUUACAUUGGAUUGUCUCUCUCACCUCAACUUCCCACAGUCAUUUAUCAAGCUAAUACAGAAUAUCAUUUCUAGAGCUCCAAGAUUCAAAUACCACUGGAGGUGUAAGGAGUUGGGAAUCACUCACCUCUCCUUUGCUGAUGAUCUUUUCCUCUUUUGUCAUGGUGACAUUACAUCAGUCUCUAUCCUAAAAUGUGCCCUAGACCACUUCUGCACUAUAUCAGGUCUAUCUAUUAAUCUCUCCAAAAGCUCAAUCUUCUUCUCAGGGGUUGAUCCCUACACAGAGAUUGAAAUCUCUAAUAUGCUAGGCAUUGGAACUGGAUCUCUCCCUAUUAGGCAUCUGGGUGUCCUUUUAAUUUCAACAAGCCUAAAAGCAGCAGAUUGUAGACCCCUUAUUGAAAGGAUCACCCACAGGAUCACUCACUGGUCCUCAAGAUCUCUCUCUUAUGCUGGAAGAUUACAACUGAUCAAAUCAAUGUUGGUAUCCACUCAAGUAUACUGGUCAAGCAUUUUUAUCCUUCCAAAAGGGGUUAUAGAUGAGCUCAAUAGAAUCUUCAUGGCCUUCCUAUGGUCUGGAAUUGAAAUGAAAUCAACAAAGGCUAAGAUUGCAUGGAUGACAAUUUACAGGUCUAAGGAAGCAGAUGGUUUAGACAUCCCAAAUUUGGUUACUUCUAAUCAAGCUGCCAUUACAAGAUACAUUUGGGAUCUAUUAACUGAUAACACUGAAAGAGUUUGGAUCAAAUGGUGUAAAACAUACCUCAUCAAAGGCAAGAAUUUUUGGGCUUUGGAGAUUCCACAAUCCUGUUCCUGGAGCUGGAGGAAGAUCCUUCAACAAAGACACCAUGCUAGACAAUUAAUCAAGCAUAAGAUUGGCAAAGGCACUUCCAUAAAUUUAUGGCUUGAUAAUUGGUUGCCUGCAGGUCCACUAAGCCUGAGAUUCCCUCCAAAUAUCCUCAUUGAAGCAGGUUUGGAUCUCUCAACUACUGUCAGUCAUCUUAUCUACAACGAUUCAUGGAAUUUCCCACCUGUGCUUUCAGUGGCAAUCCCUGAACUUCCCACAUUGCCCUCACCUUCUAUGAAGGAUGACAAAUUGAUUUGGACAGCUUCCCCAUCUGGAGAAUUCAGCCUCAAGCAUACUGCAGCAUCCUUAUUUCCCCCCUAUCCAUUGGUGCCAUGGUUUGAUUUGGUUUGGCGUUCUCCAGCCAUCCCCAGAAUGAAAUUUAAUUUGUGGCUUGCUAUCCAAGAUCGUCUCCCCACUCUGGAUAGGAGACAAAUGGCAACACAUAACAAUGUUUGCUUUCUCUGCAAUGCCAGCCCAGAAUCACACUCACACUUGUUCUUUUCUUGUGAUUUUACAUCUCUAAUUUGGUCAUUCUAUAUGGCAAAAUGUAGGAUCACCACUGCAACCCCACCAUGGCCAGAGCUUAUUUCAACAUUCAGUUAUCGGUGGUCCUCUCCAUCCCCAUUGAAUCUUCUCAGAAAGCUUUCCCUUGCAGCUCUGGUGUACCACAUAUGGGAGGAGAGAAACGCUCGUAUCUUCUGUGGGAAAAGGUCAUCCCAAAAUACCAUUCAAUCGAGGGUUUCCAAUAGCAUCACAUCGAUUUUGAAAUUGGGGAUCUUCAGGAGCUCCAUUGUUGCGCAUCACAUCCUUAAAGAUUGGGACCUCCCUCCCUCUUGCUGUCGUCCUCCACCUCGACCGCCGGACUGA